AUGAGUAACAAAUCUGGCGAUAGCGAUUUCAGUGGUGGCGGCUGUCGAAAUUUAUUACGGCUCCGUCCGGUUGACUGGCUUGAAGAAGCCGAUCGUCAGCUAUACUUGACAACACCGACUGCUGGCAAUUAUCACGAGGGUCGUCCACAACAACAACAACGACGACGUAUCGAUUUUGUUCUUGUGUACAGUCUUGGCGUGCGCGAUUCGAUAAUCAAUAAACAACGUCGACAAGCAUUUCAACAACGACUCGAAUCAGUGGGUUUUAUUAUUGAAGAACAAGACAUUGUCGGAGGACUGGAAUCUAGGCAUAAUAAUGCCAAUGAUGACGAUACCAAUAGUGAAUCAGCAAAUCAUCGAAUAUUCGGUCGAAAUAGAAGUCGGCGGCGGAGGAAAUCUGAAGAACUACCACAUCAGCAGUCCGUGAAACGAUUCGUUCGAUUGCAUGCACCAUUUGAGCUUCUUCUUGAAUUGGCUGAAAAAACACGGAUGAAAUUACCCAUUGAGAUUAUAUCAAUAGAGAAUAAUGAAAAUCGCACGUCAUCCGUUCCAAAGAUGCCGUUCGACUAUCUCAUGUCAUGGUUACCGUUCACACAAAUCGAUCGAACGAUGUUUCCACCUGAACAACAUUACUUCCUUGCUGAAUACGAUAAAACACUACGAUAUCGUUUUGAGCCAUUAUUUGAUACACUACGUGGCAAUUCUCGUGAUUUAUAUUUCACGCCAGCACAACGUAGCCGUCUUGUUUAUGAUUGCUUACUACGUACACCAUUCGACACAACACUGGAAUCGGAACUUGAAGAACAGCACGUCUUACAUGGUACAGGUGAUGUAAAAGAGAGACGUGUUCUGGAGUUGGAAAAAAUCUUCACUGGAUCAUCGACAGCUGCAGGGAUUGAACUUCUGCUUCGAGAUCAAGUGUACGAUGAUUGCUAUCCAUUACAUGCUGCUUUGUUGAAACGCAUUGAGCCACAUAUGAUCCCAUCAUGGAUUAUGAUGAAAGGCGAACAUCGAAAUACAUUCGAUCGAAUGAAACUAUGGUGGUAUUGGAGUCGAAUAAGUAAUGUUCUUAAAGAUCAGCCAAUAAAUCAUAUAAAAGAUUAUUUUGGUGAACAUGUUGCAUUAUAUUUUUCCUGGCUAAGAUGGUAUAUUCAAAUGUUAAUUCUUCCUUGUGUUCUUGGUCUUUCAGUUUUCUUCUAUGGACUUUGGGCAAUGAAACAUGACGUGCCGACUAAUGACAUAUGUCAUAGAUUGGCACACACAGUGAUGUGUCCACGAUCGCAUCGGCAAUUGUGGACACUCGGUGAAGAUUGUCUCUAUGCGAAAAUGGCAUUUCUAUUUGAUAAUAAAGCUACAGUUGGCUAUGCCGCAAUUGUGACGGUGUGGUCAGCGUUAUUUCUUCCAGCAUGGGAUGUUGCAGAAUAUCAAUAUCAGUACGAAUGGGACACAUUUGAUUUGAUGGACGGUAAUAGUGGCGGCGGUGUUAAUAUAGAUGAGCCUCGGCCAGACUUUAAGCGUAAAGUACGAACGACACGUAUUAAUCCAAUAACUGGCUUCGUUGAACAAUACAUGCCGGCACGUGAGCGAUGCGCCAAAAUUGCUUCUUCAUUCUCAGUGGUUGCUAUGAUGAUUUGUCUGGUGUUGAGUUUUGUUUUUGGCGUUGUACUCUAUCGAAUUAGUAUUAAAGCUACGAUCAGCUCGACACAUACACCCGAACUCGUGCGUCGUUAUUCUCCAUAUGUUGCUUCAAUCACUGGUGCAUUUAUAAAUCUUGUUGUUAUUAUUGCAUUAAGUUCUCUCUAUGAACGUUUGGCAAUUUGGUUAACAGAUUAUGAAAUUCAUCGAACGGAGAAAGAUUACGAAAAUGCUUUGACAUUGAAAAUGUUUCUAUUUCAAUUUGUCAACUUUUACGCGAGUAUUUUUUAUAUUGCAUUUAUUAAACCAUGGUUUGCUAAUCCGCCUGGUGUCGAAAGUUAUAAAAUAGGAAAAUACAAAACUGAAGAGUGUGAAGCAAGCGGCUGUUUAGCCGAAUUAUCAAUUCAAUUGCUGGUUAUUCUUGUGGGCAAACAAGUGAUAAACAAUUUAUUUGAAGUUGGCAUGGUAAAAUUUUGGACAUAUUUUCGCCGACUGCUGGUCCAUCGAAAUGCAUUUAAACAAAUGAGAUAUCGACGUCACCAUACACUUCAUUGGUACAGCAAGCGACCACAAGAAGACGAUUUCAUGUUGGAACGAUGGACAACAACCACUCUAUUCUAUGAAUAUUUGGAAUUAAUCAUACAAUAUGGAUUUGUCACGAUGUUUCUUGUUGCAUUUCCGCUUGCUCCACUUUGUGCUUUUCUUAACAAUAUCAUCGAGAUCCGCAUCGAUGCACACAAGUUUGUAUGCGAUGUGCGUCGACCUGUGGCGAAAAAAGUCGCAGAUAUAGGUAUUUGGCGUUUAAUCAUUGCUGCUAUAUCCAAAUUAGCUAUUUUAACUAAUGGUUUGCUCAUUGCAUUGACAUCCGAUUUUGUUCCUCGCCUCGUUUAUCAAUAUUCUCGAAGUCAAAAUCGAACACUAACCAAUUAUGUUAAUUUCACUUUGUCUGCCUACGAAAUCAAUCGCCUUUCAGCAACAUCAUUAAUCAAAUUCAAUUCGACAAGUACUUAUUGUUUCUACAAAGAUCAUCGUACUCCGCCAUGGGACUCCAGACCUUAUCAGACGAAUCACGAUUAUUAUGUCAUCAUGGUAGCUCGUUUGGCGUUUUUAAUUGUUUUUGAACAUAUUGUUUUUGUGUGUCUAAAACUUGGCGAAGUCCUCAUGCCUUUACUUUCCAAAAAUGUCAAGCAGCAGAUUGCCAGAAAAAAUUUCAUGGUCCAAACGAUGCAUUGGGGUGCACAUUUAUAUGCAAAAAAUCCCGAACUAAUUGAACGCGACAUGCAGCGUAUCGCUGAUGUUAAUCAUCAACACCGACAGUCCAAUGGAGGUUAUGAACUUAUCUAUGAUGUUAAACGACCUAUCCGUCAAACUCCAUCGUCUCAUGCUAAAUCACCGCAGGAUGAAUAUCGUCGGCCAGGCUCAUUGAAAGAAAUGAAAGCAGAUUUGACACGUGCUCUACACACGAUUCUUUCAGAAGAUAUUCUCGAUUUAGGUAUACGAUAA